AUGGAUGGUGCUAAAAAUACUACUAAAGCUGGUUGUGGUGGCACUAUUAGGGAUUACAAGGGUGUUGUCAUUAAAGUCUUUGUAGGUCCUUCUAAUGCUACUACUGUGAUUCAGGCUGAGCUGGAAAGCCUUUUGUUUGGUAUUCAUCUUUGCAACUCUCUUGGGAUUACUAAUUUAUGGGUUGAAGUGGAUGUUAUGCUCAUUAUCCAUUAUAUCAAUGGUCAAUCGUCUGCCAAUCUAGUUAAAUUUUAUAGGCUCAGAGAUAUAAAACAUUGCCUUUCUCUCAUAUCUUUUAAAAUUUUGCAUAUUUUAAGAGAAGGGAAUGCGGUUGCCGAUUUUCUUGCUAAAUGGGAUUGCAAUUUAGACAAUUUUGUGGAGUAUGAUAAGCAUAAUAUUCCUAAAGAGGCUAAAGGGCUUGCUAGAUUAGACCGUAUGGGCCUCCCUUAUAUUCGGUUACAUUAG